ACCACACAGCAACUGAGACUUGUUAAACCAAGCUACUUGCUGCUUGCUACCUCUAACCCCCCUUGUUGCUGUAUUUAAAGCAAGAGCUACCUGCAAACAAGUUUGCCAAGAAAGAGAGAGACUGACAGCAAAAGGAAGAAUCCGAUCCUGAACCAUUCAUGCAGCAUGGCAGCCUCAGUCAUGGCCUCUUUGUCUCUGAAACCAUCUCCAUUUUUGGAUCGGUCGAGGUUCACAAGUGUCCAGCCAUCAGCAAGAUCUUCAACCUUCAGAGUAAUGGCCAAGAAAACAAAGAAGAUCAAAACAUCCCAACCUUUCGGGCCUGCAGGAGGGUUGAACUUGAAGGAUGGUGUUGAUGCAUCUGGAAGGCCAGCCAAGGGGAAGGGUGUCUACCAGUUUGCCAAUAAAUACGGAGCAAAUGUUGAUGGGUACAGUCCAAUAUAUAACCCAGAAGAAUGGUCUCCAAGCGGUGACGUUUAUGUUGGAGGAAAGACAGGGUUGUUGCUCUGGGCAGUCACUCUUGCUGGAAUAUUGCUGGGUGGUGCUCUUCUUAUUUACAAUACUAGUGCCCUGGCUUCUUGAAGCCUGGCUGCAGCAAAUAAAAUUAUGUGCCAUGCAGUGUCACGUAGAUAUAUCUGUAUCCAGGUGUCCCUAGAUCCGUAGGAUAUGCGAAUGAAAAAUCCAUAAAGAAGUAACGUUGCUAUGUGCUGUACAAUGUGACAAACUGAAGAAACUCAGUAUGCAAAAGAAACCUAUGGCUUCAGCUAAGAAGGCUGUAGUCCCAUGAAUAAGGUACACCAAGACCAUAUGAACCAAAAUACUAAACCUCGGGAAAAUUGUGACACUCAUGAAGUUUUACAGAUUUUGAAACUCGAUGGAUGGAAGAAUAGCACAAUGGAUUCCAUGCUGCA